GCCGGGGGCGGGUCGUAUGAAAUGUUGAGUGGAUCAUGGAAAACGGACAAUAUAAUCCACAUAUUUCUGCGAGAACAAUUAGCACAGUUCAACGCAAAUUCUAAUAUUAUUUAAAUAUAGGGCCAAGCGGAAUAUGUUAUUGCGUGAUGUCGGGACUAUGACGUGUAAGUCCUAGGAGAAGAGAACGCGCUUCGGGGAGUGUAUCCGUGGCUACUGAAGAAGCGCAGGGUGAUGUAUCGCAUACCUUGUGGUCGCCUGUUCUGUUAUCGUAAAUAAUAACCGGUGCUUUUUCAUUAGAUCAAUAAACGCGUUUCCGAUACAACGCAAAAUUUUAGACCACAGAGAGCACAAUGCAAGUCACUAUAAUGAUCUUAAUUUUAUAACCGAGCUCUAGCCAUCAAGGGUAGCGUGACCAUUGUUCCCAGUUAAUAUUUCAUAAGCAAUCGCGAAGCGUCCGUUAUUUUGGAAGAGUUUGUAGUGGUUUCCAGCUGUACUGUCAAAUACAACCUUGGCAGGCGCAUUAGCCACGUUUACUAAAGUAAACACAAGCAUAAUAUAAGAAGCGUUAUCGCUACUUGCAUUCGGUAUGCACGCAUAGAUGCUUACAAAGGAAUACUUCAUGUUAGCCAUAACUGGAAACCGAAAAUUCACCACGUUGUUCCGCCACUACUCUGUCGUGCUGUACCUGGCACAGCAUAUUAAUAUCUGCAUAUUUUCCAAAAAUUGUCUCUGAGGGAGGAACUGGUGAGAGCACGAACAGACAGGGGCGGAGGGAACCGACGCGGCGAGAUUAUUUUUAUGGAUGCACCCGGUGCAUAUGUUUGCGCGCGCCAGUCGUAGAGCUGGUAAAUCGAGAGCACCGUUAGCGCGAAGCAGAAGUCCACGGGGUUCCGAGGUGCGUGAUCGGAUCCUGUAUUGUGGAUAUAAACGAGUCGACUGUUGUAGACUUAAGGGCGAUGUAGAUGUAGUGUGAUGAAUGUUACUGUAUUGUAUGACAUUUCUCAAAGAAUACAUUCAGAAUUGACAUACAGUGGACCGCAAAGAUUCAUUGAACGGAAGAGACCGGGGAGGAUGCGAGUGUCCUGCGGCCAUUCCGGAGGAGCCCCGCUCCAGUAACAGAGUGCAGCAUGACUCGUCAGCCAUGAGGAGAGCACGACUGGAGAGAGAGGAGAAAUCGCCCUUCACUAUCCUCAGUCAUCGGAAAGGCAAGGAACACACAAUACUUCUGCUUGAGGAACAGCAGGGUAGAAUUUGGCUCUGAGCAGAGAGACAGAGAGAACACAAGAGGGAGAGAAAUAGAGGAGAGAAAGAGAGAGAGAGAAAGAGAGAGAGAGAGAAAGAGGAGCGAACGCUGUAGCUUCUCCUCCUGAUGGACAAGUGGACAGGGGAGCAAUGCUGGAGCUCAGGCCCCUGCCCCCCACCACGUCAGCCCCUUGCUGAAGCUCCCAGCUGGGCCCUGGAGAGCUGAAGGUGCAUCAGGCAGCCCCAUGCAGGCGCGCAAGAAGUACGUGCUGCUGGGCCUGUGUACAUGCUGCUGGCUACUGCUCUUCUACUGGGGCGGCCUACAGGAGCGUCUCCUGGGGUUCCUGGCCCGCCAUCGCAACGAGGUACCACGGCCCUGGCCCGAUUGGCUGGACAGGGCCCUGCUACCAGCCUACGUAGAGCCCGGCAAGCUGGAGGGAAGCGGGGGUGUUGGCGAGUCGCCCCAGCAACGGCGCCAGGCUUGGGCCAGCAUCUACAAGGACAGCCGGUGCCGGAUGGAGACCUGCUUUGACUUUGGCCGCUGCCGUGGGCGGGACGGGUUCCGCGUGUACAUGUACCCACCCGAGAAGGGCGAGCGAGUGUCUGAGAGCUACCGGAAGAUCCUGGCCUCAGUGGCUGAGUCCAGGUACUACACGGCAGACCCACGCGAGGCCUGCCUGUUCGUGCUGGGCAUCGACACUCUGGACCGUGACCAGUUGUCGGCACAGUUUGUGUCCAACGUGGACGAGCGUAUCCGUGGCUACCCGCUGUGGAACGAUGGCCGCAACCAUGUUAUCUUCAACCUGUACUCAGGCACAUGGCCAAACUACACAGAGGACCUGGGCUUCAAUGUUGGGCAGGCCAUCCUCGCCAAAGCCAGCCCCAACACAGAGCAUUUCCGGCCAGGCUUUGACGUCUCCAUCCCCCUGUUCUCCAAAGACCACCCGCAGAAGGGCGGUGAGCGCGGUUGGCUGCUACGCAACAGCGUGCCCCCAAGGCGCAAGUACCUGCUCAUGUUCAAAGGGAAGCGCUAUCUGACAGGCAUUGGCUCCGACACCCGCAAUGCACUGCACCACAUCCACAAUGGCAAGGACAUUGUCUCCCUGACAACAUGUCGCCAUGGCAAGGACUGGGAGAAGCACAAGGACACACGCUGCGACCACGACAACCAGGAGUACGAGCGGUUUGACUAUCGGGAGCUGCUUCAAAACUCCACCUUCUGCCUGGUUCCUCGAGGCCGACGCCUUGGUUCAUUCCGUUUCCUGGAGUCACUGCAGGCGGCCUGUAUCCCGGUGUUGCUCAGCAACGGCUGGGAACUGCCCUUCUCUGAUGUCAUCCAGUGGAACCAGGCAGUCAUCGAGGGAGACGAGAGGUUGCUUCUGCAGGUGCCCUCCACGGUGCGGGCUGUGGGUAUUGACCGGGUGUUGGCUCUAAGGCAGCGCACUCAGAUGCUUUGGGAUGCCUAUUUCUCCUCAGUGGACAAGAUUGUACUUACCACACUAGAGAUCAUCAAGGACAGAGUGUAUGCUCAUAUCUCCAGGAACAAGUUGAUGUGGAACGCCCUGCCUGGAGGUCUUCUGGUACUGCCCGAGUACUCCACGCACCUGGCCCACUAUCCUUUCUACUACCUGAAUCUUGGAGUAAGCACUGGACAAGAGUUUACUGCUGUGAUCCAUGCCACCUCCCCUUUGGUGUCCCAGUCGCAGCCAAUCAUGAAGCUCCUUCAGGUGGUGUCCAAGUCAAAAUACUGCUCCCAGAUCAUCAUCGUGUGGAAUAGUGAGAAGCCUCCCCCUCAACGGAGCAAGUGGCCACCCAUGCCAGUGCCCCUGAUUGUUACAGAUGGCAGAAGGAAAACUAGCAGCCGUUUCUUGCCGCAUGCUGCGAUUGAGACUGAGGCUGUGCUAAGCCUGGAUGAAGACACAGUGCUACUGACUAGUGAGGUCAACUUUGCCUUCCUUGUGUGGCGGGGUUUCCCUGAGAGGAUAGUAGGAUAUCCUCCCAGAAGUCAUUUCUGGGACCCUGUGAAGAAACUAUGGGGCUACACCUCCAAAUGGACUAAUGAGUACUCAGUUGUGCUGACUGGUGCAGCCUUCUAUCACAGGUACUACCAUCACCUGUUCUCACAUUACCUAGCGCCCUCAUUACGAGCGCUCGUAGAUCGUACUUCAAACUGUGAGGACAUUCUUAUGAACUUCCUUGUGUCUUCUGUGACACAUCUACCACCCAUCAAAGUGGCCCAGAGGAAGCAGUACAAAGAACUGCCUGGUCCACAGAGCACCAACAUGGCCCCAUGGGCAAACCCUGAGCACUUUAACCAGAGGCAGGAAUGUGUCGACACCUUUGCUAGCUGGUUCGGCUACAUGCCCCUGGUGCAUUCACAACUCCGCCUGGAUCCUGUUCUCUUUAAGGACCACGUUUCUGUCCUGCGCAAGAAGUACAAAGACCUUGAGCGUGCCUGAGGGACAGACAAGACACUCAAAUUCAACAAAAAGUUGGACGGGCAGGGGACACUGACAGACAGGCAUGGCUCAAGGAGUGGCUUCCCCCUCCCUCAACAAUGCAGAUUCUUUUGAACAUGGUGGCUAACCUUGGGUGGCGCACACUGCCCAUAGUGUCUAAGAAAGUUUAGAGGUGGAGAAAGAAGGAAGCCUCCAACCUACCUGAAAUUGGAUCUUCAAUUUUUCACAGACAGCACAGUGGGUGUCAUUCAAGUGUAAGCACUCAGUGACUGCCCCAGCUGCCAUCUCAUUGGUGGAGUUUUGAAAUUAGCACCAAGCCAGAUGCAAAUUGUACCAGAGACUAACACAUUAUGUGUGCCAGAGGAGUCAAAGUGACUGACUCAGAACAAGGUGUAAUUACUUGACCAAUAAAGCAUUUCUGGAAUGCA